AUGACAAGGGCACUCUACGGCAGGAUGGCCAGGGGCACGUGUGUUCACACCGAUUUCGGAUACGUUGGUUGCUUCAAAGAUGUUCUUUUUCUUAUGGAAAGAAGACAGUGCAUAGUGGGAGUGCCGGAUCGUGAGAUGUCCUCCUUGAAACCAUGCAACCAGGAUCUCAAGUUGUACCUGGAAGCAGGAUACAGGUGCAUGAAAGUCCAUCAAGCAACAAAAAAAUGUGACUCUCAAACAAGUUUGAACAAGUUGUCGCACUAUCAACAACAACAGCAACAACAACAGCAACAGCACCAUUACAACAAACAACUAAACAACGAUAACGACAACAAUUACAUCAACUCAAACAACAACGAUGACAGCAACAAAAUGAAAAACAACAAAAUAUCUCUCCUGCCUAAUGAGAUUCAAGUCACAAACACCGCAGGAUAUCUGCCAAGCAUCUUGACCGCCGAAAGCGGAUGUGGAUCUCACGAACAUCCAUGGAUCAUCAGGGCACUUCCGGGUCAAAAGGUCAGACUAAAGUUGAUUGACUUCAGCAUGAAGGGCACUGAGAACGGAGGAGAAGGAGGAGGAGGAAGUGAUCAGAAGAUGUACCUUACUAACUGCUCAGUGUGUGCCAUCGUUAGGGAUGCCCUCAUGCAAACGGGCACAUCCCUCUGCCGCAACUACUCCAGGAACAGUCACGUGUACACUUCGCUGAGUCACGUGAUCAAGUUGAGGAUCAUCAUCGGUAGAGAAAAUGACGUCACUCCGCAAUUCGUAUUCAUUUACGAAGGUAGACAAGAGGAAUGUUUUUAA